UCGAUUAUUUUAGUCUCGGUACUCGUAUCACGAUCGUUCCGAAGCUGGUUACAAAUCAACAGUAUGCUGUUCGGACACACGUAUCAAGGCGUAAAAUUUUAUGCCAUCUCCAAAUUAUUUCGCGCGAUAUGUUUUAAUUACGAACAAUUAUAGUUCCUUUUAGACGAAAGUAUGCGUCGCAAAAAUCCACCUACACGGGACAAGAAUAAGCGCUCGGUAAUAAAAAGGAAUACAAAUCAGGCGUAUAUCAUUUCAAAAAAGGCGGAAACCAUUCUUUCGAUGGUCCUGGAAGAUAUACUCGAGCAAUCAUUGGAGGAUGCAAGGAACUUAGCGGUGACCGCUGGCAAGAGCAGCGUGACCCGCGAAGAAAUGGAAAAGUCGCUGAGAAAUCUUUGUCUUCGUUUGAGUACGGUGCCGGCAUACAGCGCGAGAAUCGGCUCCUGGAACGACGACGAGGACGAGAGUAACAAGGGUCCUGUCGACUCGUCCAAGGUUGUUUCAGAAGGUUCACGGCAUCGCUGCUGUACCUCGUCACGCUGUCACGGGGACUGCAGUCACAAAAUAGUGACCAUCUAUCGCAAUCUACGUUUCCUUCGGUAAUCGUUAGUGC